AGAUAGUUCUAUACUUGCGCAUGUGCUUGGCUCAUAGUGCAGGAGUGGUUCCCACCUCUCAGAGUUUGGCUGAUAUGCAAGAUCAUGCUCCAGCCAUUGGACGCUAUAUACGAACUUUAAUGUCAAGCAGCCAGGUGACACCCUCAUCAUCUAAUAAGAGUGGAGAAACCAAUCCUGUUCAGAUCUACAUUGGCCUGCUCCAGCAGUUAUUAGCAGGUGUUGGAGGUUUGCCAGUCAUGUAUUGUCUAUUGGAAGCGGUGUCAGUAUAUCCAGAAAAACUGGCUACUAAAUUUGUAGACAAAACAGAAUGGAUAAAG